GCAGUAAGUACUUUUGCUUGUCAAUUUUGCCUAUUGUUGUUUAAUUUUAAGAGCUUCUUCAACUUGGAGCCAGUAGAUUCUAAUGGAUAUCAGAAUGGAUGAUGUGAAAAAAUGUCGUGUUGUGCUGCACAAACUCUCUGAUGAUGCAGUUGAGAGGGGCUGGUGGUCUGGGCUGAACCUCCUGCUAAGGCCUUCUAGUGUUGGCAAAAUUAAGUCUGAUGCAACAGCGGCCAGUGGCUCAUCUCUGAGCCCUGAAGUCGUUGCAGUUAACAUCAAGCUUGAGCCUCUAUAUGAGGAGGACAUAUCUGUGAAGGAUGAGCCUAUUGAUAUUGAUGAAAAUCAGCAAACUCCACCUUCCUCAUCUUGUGUGCCAUGCAAGGAGGAAGCUCAAGUUGAGGCUCGGGACGCCCACCAACGUUCCUCACAGGACGCUGCUGCUGUGCCUGAGAAACAGGCUGGUUCACGUGAGCCUCCCAGCCCUGGGUGUGGUGGCCAGCUAGCUCCACCUCCCCCAUCAGGUAUUUACCACAAACAAACGAAAAUAUAG